CUGAGUCGGUAACGCUCUGCGUCUGCGCGCAGUUCGAACAAGUAAUAGACCCACCAGAAACACCAUCCUAGUGCAGUGCUCAAGAGGGUAACUAAAAAACCCUAGAAGGCAGUGACUAAAAACCAUUGAAAGCCGCAGCUUGUGUUUUUUGUGUUCAAUAAAAGCUGCUAAAGAAAACGUUUAAGCCAAAUAGCACACAGGUUUUUAUCUUCUUCGGGCCAUUGAGCAAUUUUCCUCGAGGCAUAUUCAAUAAGGAGUAAACAAUUAAUUCAAUAUUUAAGGCGUAAAAGGAAACCAGACACCAAGCCACCGGACUCUACGACCUCCAUCAAGAUGUCCGCCAGCCCCUCAGCCUGCGAUUGUUUGGUGGGCGUGCCCACUGGACCCACCCUCGCCUCCACUUGUGGCGGAAGUGCCUUCAUGCUGUUCAUGGGCCUGCUGGAGGUCUUCAUCCGCUCCCAGUGUGAUCUGGAGGAUCCCUGCGGCCGGGCAAGCUCUAGGUUUCGAUCGGAGCCGGACUACGAGUACGAUUUCAUUGUCAUUGGCGGCGGCUCGGCGGGCUCUGUGGUUGCCUCCCGACUCUCCGAGGUGCCCCAGUGGAAGGUGCUGCUGAUCGAAGCCGGUGGCGAUGAGCCUGUGGGAGCCCAGAUUCCCUCGAUGUUCCUUAACUUCAUUGGCAGUGACAUCGACUACCGCUACAACACGGAGCCGGAGCGGAUGGCUUGUCUGUCCUCGAUGGAGCAGCGCUGCUACUGGCCGCGCGGCAAAGUCCUUGGAGGAACAUCAGUGAUGAACGGCAUGAUGUACAUCCGUGGCAACCGCGAGGACUACGACGACUGGGCAGCCCAAGGAAAUCCGGGCUGGGCCUACAACGACGUGCUUCCGUUCUUCAAAAAGUCGGAGGACAACCUGGAACUGGAUGACGUGGGCACGGAGUAUCACGCCAAGGGCGGUCUGCUGCCCGUGGGCAAGUUCCCCUACAAUCCACCUUUGUCCUACGCCAUUCUCAAGGCCGGCGAGGAGAUGGGCUUCUCUGUGCAGGAUCUCAAUGGUCAGAACUCCACCGGAUUCAUGAUUGCCCAGAUGACGGCCCGUAAUGGCAUCAGAUACAGCUCGGCUAGGGCCUUCCUGCGACCAGCACGCAUGCGCAACAACCUGCACAUCCUGCUGAACACCACGGCCACCAAGAUCCUCAUCCAUCCGCACACCAAGAAUGUAUUGGGAGUGGAAGUUAGCGACCAGUUCGGCAGCAUGCGUAAAAUCCUGGUAAAGAAAGAGGUGAUUCUGAGUGCUGGAGCUGUUAACUCCCCGCAGAUCCUGCUUCUGAGUGGUGUGGGUCCCAAGGACGAACUGCAGCAGGUGAACGUGAGAACCGUGCACCAUCUUCCAGGUGUGGGCAAGAACCUGCACAACCACGUGGCCUACUUUACGAACUUCUUCAUCGACGAUGCGGAUACGGCUCCACUAAAUUGGGCCACGGCCAUGGAGUACUUGCUGUUCCGCGAUGGUCUUAUGUCCGGAACAGGCAUUUCGGAUGUGACCGGUAAGCUGGCCACUCGCUGGGCCGAUAGGCCGGAUCUACCCGAUCUCCAGCUGUACUUCGGCGGCUACCUCGCCAGUUGUGCUCGCACAGGACAGGUGGGCGAGUUACUUUCGAACAACUCCCGCUCCAUACAGAUCUUCCCAGCUGUUCUGAAUCCCCGCUCGCGCGGGUACAUUGGCCUAAAGUCCGCCGACCCUUUGGAUCCGCCGCGUAUUGUGGCCAAUUACCUGACCGACGAGCGCGAUGUGAAGACCCUGGUGGAGGGCAUCAAGUUCGCCAUCCGUCUGUCGAAAACUACGCCGCUGAAGCAGUACGGCAUGCGACUGGACACGACGGUGGUCAAGGGAUGCGAGGCGCCCACCUUCGGAAGCGAUGCCUACUGGGAGUGCGCAGUGAGGCAGAACACGGGUCCGGAGAAUCACCAGGCGGGCUCCUGCAAAAUGGGUCCCAGCCACGAUCCCAUGGCAGUGGUCAACCACGAGUUGCGGGUCCAUGGCAUCCGAGGACUCCGCGUGAUGGACACCAGCAUAAUGCCCAAGGUCACCGCAGGGAACACACAUGCACCCGCCGUGAUGAUCGCCGAGAAGGGCGCCUACCUCCUGAAGAGGGCCUGGGGCGCCAAGGUCUGACGCGUGGAUGCGACGUGGACGUUGCAUAGAGUAAUUUAAUCAGAAUCAGAGCGAAAAUUACUGCAAGUAAAAAUUAAGCGAAAUUAUUAUUAAGGCCCCAGAUUCAAAACUAAACCUUUCCAUGUACCACCUUGGUCUAAUCUAAUUUAAUCCGAUCCAAUCCCAACCGAAGGCUUCUCACUCUAGGCACACCCCGUUGCGCAAUCUCCAAUAUGUUCCCUAUAAGAUAACAGGCUACUCUUAAACUAACUACUGUGACCCACUGAAUACGCAGUCGAACUUCUUUGGCUGCACAUUUUACUACAAUUACAACUCAAUAAUUCUUGAAAGUUUAUGAUUUUGGCUUGGUAUUUUUUUAUUUUUUUAUUAAACCCAAAUUUAGAUUUAAUAAAUACAUUAUUUUUCAAUUUACUUUAAAUAGGCACAGUUUAAGUUAGAGAAGUUCGACCAUAUAGAUUUCGUUUAAUGUUCGCUUUAUAUUGAACGUUUAGUUGACCAAUUAAAACUACACUUAAACUACGUACGUAAUUGAUGUGGACCCAUUGAGCAUGCAAAUUUUGCGUGUCGCUCGUCGGUAUCUUUAUCAACUACAUUUAAUCUAUAUAAUUCUUGUGACCCAUUGACAAUGUAAAUUUCGUUUAUCGUUCAUUUUGCAAUUGCAUGGAUGAAUGAUGUCCUAUAUUUCUGUAUACGCGUUUAUUGCAUGUAUUUAUUGUUCGAUUAAAGUGCAACAAUUUAGUUUAACUACCAAACAA